AUGACCACCACCACUUCACCCAGGACCGACAAACCACUCAAGUCCCCCAGCCUCAAUGGUUCCACAGAGAAGGUCGACAUCGCGCAUGUUGACAUCUCGGAUAACCUUGAGGAAGGAGGAGAGGCAGCUACCAAGGGCGACUACAGUGGCUUCACCCAAAAGACCGACCCAAAGGAGAUCAAGCUGGUCCGAAAGUUGGACAGAUACAUCAUGCCUGCUCUCUUUGCGACCUACUUCAUGAACUAUCUCGACAGAAAUGCGAUCGCGCUCGCGAAGCUGUCGUCCAUUGAAAAGGACCUGGGCCUCACGGACGUACAGUACCAAACUGCCGUUUCGAUUCUUUUUGUUGGCUACGUUUUCUUCGGCGUCCCUUCCAACAUGCUCCUUACUCGCGUCAAGCCCUCCGUCUACCUGACCUGCAUCAUGUUGACCUGGGCCAUUGUUUCGAUCUGCACGGCCUUUGCUCGCAACUACACUGGCCUUCUCAUGACUCGAUUCUUCCUCGGUGCACUUGAGGCACCUUAUUACCCCGGUGCCCUGCUCAUUAUCUCGACAUUUUACACCCGCACUGAGGUGGCAACGCGUAUUUCGAUCCUUUACCUAGGCAACAUCUUGGCCACAGCCUUUGCUGGGCUGAUCGCGGCGGGAAUCUUUGAGCUCGAGGGUGUCAAGGGUUAUGCUGGAUGGCAGUGGCUGUUUAUCAUUCAAGGAGCAGUCACUGGUGUGGUCGCCCUUUCGUGUUACGCUUUGCUGCCCAACACUCCACUCACGACACAUUGGCUCAAGCCGGAGGAGCGCCAGCUUGCCCACGACCGCAUGAACCGCGACAGGGUCGACGAGACUGAGAAGGGUUCCGUCUGGCAGGGCCUCAAGCAGGCGUUCUCCGACCCUCGCGUGUGGCUCUUCAUCCUCAUGUACAACAUGCACCUGAGCGCCAACGGUUUCAAGAACUUUAUGCCCUCGGUUGUGAACACCCUCGGCUUCAGCAAGCUCAUCACCCUUUGCCUUACAUGCCCUCCGUACCUUAUGGCUGGCGCGUUUACCAUGGUCGUCAGUCUGAGCUCUGGAAAGUACAACGAGCGCACAUGGCACAUUACGGUGUGCAAGAUAAUCGCCAUCAUCGGUUUCGUUCUCGCCCCCGCCACUCUCAACACUGGCGUCCGAUACUUUGCCAUGUGCGUCUUUACCAUUGGGACGUACGGUGUCAAUUCAAUUGUCCUCGGCUGGGCCGCGACAGUCUGCUCCCAGAGCCUCGAGAAGAAGGCCGUCGUGCUCGGCAUCAUGGCCUCGAUUGGAACCGGCUCAUUCAUCUACACCCCGUAUCUCUUCCGUGAGGACGACAAGCCCCGCUACACGAUUGCCAUGUCCGCCAUGGCCGCGUUCUCGUUGAUGUGCAUGAUCUGCGCAUGGAUCAUGCGCUUUGUUCUCCAGCGCCAGAACAAGACACUUGCUGCGACGGGAGCACCCACCAAGUAUCCGUACUAA